GCACAUAUACUACUUCUUCUUCUUCCUCGUCGAAUUCUUCAUAACCACCGGCUUCUCUUCCAAAUUGGCCUCCCAAGCCAAGAUAUAGAUCUCCUGUAUCGAACAUGGAGGCGGUGGAGUCAGCGGUGGUGAGCUGCGAGUGCUGCGGGCUGGAGGAGGAGUGCACCGGCGAGUACAUCGGCGGCGUCAGGGACUACUUCGGCGGCCGGUGGCUCUGCGGGCUGUGCUCCGAGUCCGUCAAGUACGAGGCCGGACGCAGCAAGCGAGCGGCGCCGGUCGGCGUGGAGGAGGCCGUGCGCGCGCACAUGGCCUUCUGCCGCAUGCUCAAGCGCGGCGACCCGGCGGAGCGCGUCGCCGAGGGCAUGUGCCAGAUGCUCAGGCGCACCGCAUCUGGGAAGCCCCGGGCCAGCUUGACCUCGUCCUCGUCGCGGCGGACAGUGGCAGCGACGUCGGCGUCGGCGCCGCUGUCGAUCGGUUUCUAAUCGACCGGUCCCAGGAGGACGUACGUGCGCGGGCGGCUGGCGACCGCCGACCGGCAUGCCAAGCUCAAUGCUUGGUUCUUGUCAUGAGGAUGCUCCGGCCUACGUCUUCCUUGCCUCGACACAAGCACGUACGCGCGCUAGCUAGUACCAGUACGUACUCCAGUAGUAUAUUUUGUUGAGGCAGAAACUACGCACACAAUUAGUGUCUACCUCUCUUCUUGUGUUUGGUUCUAUGAUUCUAUCUUCAAUAUGUAACUUUUGAUCGAUCCAAUAUGUUAAACUUAAUUACGUUACAAGGUGUAUGCACACGGCCUUAAAAUCUAGAGUUUAAUUUCCA